AUGUCACACCUGCAACAGGAGUCAGACGCUGGACACGAGCUGCCAGUAUAUGAACAUCCGCCAGUAUACGAUGAGUUGUCUGCAUCCGAAGAGGUAUCAGCCCCCGAAGAGCUAUCAGCCGGGGAAGAGCUGUCAAUAUUUGAAGAGCUGUCGGUAUCUGAAGAGCUGCCAGUAUCUGAAGACUCGCCAGUAACCCAAGAGCUGCCGCUAUCCGAAGAGGCAGUAUCAAACCCGCCCCCUGUUUGGUUGCUAAGAUUGCUGUAUCUUGGCUGUAUGUUGGCCGUGAUCGGUGUUUGCCUUAUUAUUUUCGCGGCCAUCAUGGCCGUGCUUCCUAUUAUUAUGGAAGCUCUCAAAAAUCUUUUCUCCGAGACAAAUACCUGCAAUGGCUAUACCACUACUGAAUGGUAUCGUUCUGGUUAUGCCGCUGGUUAUACAGAUGCUCUCGCCAGUGCUUCAAACACCAAGAAUGCCACCAUUGAGAGCCGUGAUCUAAUCGACAUUCUAACCAUAGUCGACAUCCCAAGCCUCUCCACGAAGGACGUCAUUUCCGAAGAAAGAAACACGGCCGAGAACGAGCUUCACACCCAGGAACAGAGAGAAGAGUCUCCCGCGCUAACUACCCUGGAAAUUCCAGAUAUUCCAUCCAAAGACAGCAUUCUUGAGGAAGGCAACAGGACCGAGAAGGAACUCCAACUCGAGGGACUUGAAGACAUAACAACGCGAGAAAAGAAAGAGGAGGGUCUCCCACCGCCAUAUGCAAGAAAUGUCCUCCGGGAUAUAGAUGCCUCGAGGCGUCAUGUGUACGUGGCUGCGACAUUACCGAGGACUGUCGGGACAGAUAUCAGUGCAAAUACGGCCGAUAUGGAUACCGGUGCUUUGAGAAGACAGGUCGGCACCGUGAAUGUAUGGAGCAUGGGCAUUUCUGUCGUCGGCAUUUACAGUGCUGUACUGGGUACUGUGGAAGAAGGUCUAAGGGGGGAGAUUUCCUUUGUUCGCCAAAGCCUGAGGGGAUGGAUGGACAUGCUGAAGGGGUGGACGAGUAGUGGUUCACGUGUGACAUUGCUGUGUCCACUUGAUACGCAUUACACAUACUCCUACAACACACUCCUCUCCUUCCUAUUAACCCUCCCAGCCUGGAAACAUUCCGGCAACCCCGUCGCCUCCCACCCCUUCCCCGACAUCAACAUCACCAACCCCGGAGCACAAGUGAAAAUAGUCGCCAUCCCUAACCAGAUUAGCCCCAAUACCAAAACAACAAUCCAAUCGACUUACCAUGUCCAUUAA